AUGGCGCCGGCGCAGACUCCAUUUCCCAGGAGCCCCCGCGCGGGCCGGGCCCGACCCAGCCACCGGGUGCGCGCGGCGCCGUGGGGAGGGGGGGGCGUGGCUCCGCGGGCGGCGCGGCCCAGUCCGUUGCGCGGCGGCGGCGGGGGCGGGCGGGCUUGCGGCGGCGGGCGGCCGGUGCGGGCCCGGCCCUGCCCUGCCCUGCCCCGCCGCGGCGGCGCCUCCCCGCGCCCUUCCCGGCAGGCUGUCGGCAUGGCGGGAGCGACGCCACCGGCGGGGCCAGCCACCUCCCGAGCCGGGGGUCCGGGCACAGCCGACCAGCCCUACGCCUGCCGGGAGUGCGGGAAGGCCUUCAGGUGGUCGUCCCGCCUGGCCCACCACCAGCGCAGCCACACGGGCGAGCGGCCCUACAAGUGCCCCGAGUGCCCCAAGGCCUUCAAGGGCUCCUCCGCUCUCCUCUACCACCAGCGGGGCCACACGGGUGAGCGGCCCUACGCCUGUCCCCAGUGCGGCAAGGCCUUCAAGCGCUCCUCCCUGCUGCAGACCCACCAGCGGGUUCACACGGGGCUGCGGGCCUUCGAGUGCGCCCAGUGCGGCCUCACCUUCAAGUGGGCGUCCCACUACCAGUACCACCUCCGCCAGCACACCGGCGAGCGGCCCUACCGCUGCCCCGCUUGCCCCAAGGCCUUCAAGAACUCUUCCAGCCUCCGCCGUCACCGUCACACCCACACCGGCGAGCGGCCCCACGCCUGCCCCGUCUGCGGCAAAGCCUUUGCCCAAGCCACCAACCUCCGACAGCACCAGCGGGUCCACACCGGCGAGCGGCCCUACGCCUGCCCCCAGUGCGGCAAGACCUUCACCCACUCCUCCAACCUCCUCCUCCACCGCCGCACCCACGCCGGCGCCCGGCCCCACGAGUGCCCGACCUGCGCCAAGGCCUUUGUCUCUGACGCCUGCCUGCAGAAACACCUCCAGAGCCACGCUGCCGUGCCGCCGCUCCUCCCAGCACCCACCGCAGCACCAGAGACACUCUGGAGUUGCUCUGCCUGCCCGCUGAGUUUCACCAGUGAGGAAGAGCUGCUGGGUCACCAAGGCAGCCAUCCGGUGACAGCGGAGAGCCCUCCGGCUGCCCCCCACCACUGCCCCACCUGCGGCAAGACCUUCAAGAACAGCUCAGGGCUGUCCCGGCACCGGCACGGCCACGCUGCUGAGCGGCCCUUCAAGUGCACCAUCUGCCCCAAAACCUUCACCCAGCUGGCCGGGCUGUUGGGUCACCAGCGCAGCCACCCCACCGCUGUCCCACCGCAUCCCCCCCCUGAGGCUCCUGACCCCCCGGCAGUGCCCCAGCCCGCCCCAGAGCGCCCUUACCAAUGCACUGAGUGUGGCAAAGCCUUCAAGGGCUCCUCGGGGCUGCGUUACCACAUGCGGGACCACACGGGUGAGCGGCCCUACGCCUGCCGCGAGUGCGGCAAGGCCUUCAAGCGCUCCUCCCUCCUCCAGAUCCACCAGCGGGUUCACACGGGGCUGCGGGCCUUCGAGUGCGCCCAGUGCGGCCUCACCUUCAAGUGGGCGUCCCACUACCAGUACCACCUCCGCCAGCACACCGGCGAGCGGCCCUACCGCUGCCCCGACUGCCCCAAAGCCUUCAAGAACACCUCCUGCCUCCGCCGCCAUCGCCAGCUCCACACCGGCGAGCGGCCCCACGCCUGCCCCGUCUGCGGCAAAGCCUUUGCCCAAACCUCCAACCUCCGACAGCACCAGCGGGUCCACACCGGCGAGCGGCCCUACGCCUGCCCCCAGUGCGGCAAGACCUUCACCCACUCCUCCAACCUCCAGCUCCACCGCCGCACCCACUCUGCCGCCCGCCCCUACCGCUGCCCGCUCUGCCCCAAGGCCUUUGUGAUGGCCUCCUACCUCCAGCGCCACCUCCGCACCCACACCCCCGGGCCCCGUGGGACCCCCCGCCGCCCCCUGACACCCUCCCCCGAAGCCCAGACCUUCCUGCUGGUGCAGACUCCCCAGGGUCUGCAGCUCAUCCCCAGCCCCCCGGCGCCCCCACGGAAGCUCUUCCUGCUGCCCAGCCCCCCAGCCGAGCCCCCUGCCUUCACCCUCCUGCCCACUGAGGGUCCCCCGUCCCAGGUGGGGAAGGGUCCCCGGGCACCGGGACCCUCCGCCACCGGGCAGAGCAUCCUGUUGGUACCCGGCACGGGGCAGGCGCUGCCCGGCGUCCAGCUCCAGGCGGUGGCGGGGGCCCCGGCGGGGGCCAGCGUCAUUGUUCUGAGGGGUGGCAUCAGUGGUGUCAUUCCCCCACGGGGGCCGCAGCCCCCCGAGGUCACCAGCGUCCAGCUGCAGGCAGCCGAGGUGACCAACGUCCAGCUCCAAGCCCUGCCACAACCCUUGGAGGUCACCAACAUCCAGCUGCAAGCUGCCGAGGUGACUAAUGUCCAGCUCCAAGCCACAGAGGUGACAAGUGUCCAGCUCCAAGCCCUGCCACAGCCCUUGGAUGUCACCAACAUCCAGCUCCAAGCCAGUGAGGUGACAAACGUCCAGCUCCAAGCCCUGCCACAGCCCUCCAAGGUGACCAACAUACAGCUCCAAGCCAGUGAUGUGACCAAUGUCCAGCUCCAAGCCCUGCCACAGCCUUUGGACGUCACAAACAUCCAUCUCCAAGCCGCCGAGGUGACAAAUGUCCAGCUCCAGGCCCUGCCGCAACCCUUGGAUGUCACCAACAUCCAGCUCCAAGCCAGCGAGGUGACAAAUGUCCAGCUACAAGCCCUGUCACAGCCCUCCAAGGUGGCCAACAUCCAGCUCCAUGCUCUGCCACAACCCUCGGAUGUCACCAACAUCCAACUGCAGGCCACAGAGGUGACAAAUGUCCAGCUGCAAGCUCUGCCACAACCCUUGGAUGUCGCAAAUAUCCAGCUCCGAGCCCUGCCACAACCCUCUGAGGGCACAAGCAUCCAGCUGCAAGGCACCGAGAUGACAGAUGUGCAGCUCCAAGCCCUGCCACAAUCCUCCAAGCUGACCAACAUCCAGCUCCAAGCCCUGCCACAACCCUUGGAUGUCACCAACAUCCAGCUGCAGGCCACCGAGGUGACCAACCUCCAGCUCCAAGCCCUGCCGCAGCCCUCAGAGGUGCCCAGUGUCCAUCUCCAGGCCACGGAGGUGACAGAUGUCCAUCUCCAAGCCACAGAGGUACCCAGCGUCCAGCUACAGACCACGGAGGUGACAAAUGUCCAUCUCCAGACCACCAAGGUACCUGACGUCCAUCUCCAAGCCACAGAGGUGUCCAACGUCCAUCUCCAAACCACAGAGGUCCCCAGUGUCCCUCUCCAAACCACGGAGGUCCCCAGCGUCCAUCUCGAGGCUGCAGAGGUGCCCGACAUCCAUCUCCAGGCCACAGAGGUGCCCAACAUCCAGCUCCAGGCCAUGGAGGUGGCCAACAUCCAGCUGCAGACCACAGAGGUGCCCAGUGUCCAUCUUGAAACCACUGAGGUGCCUGAUGUCCAUCUCGAAACCACAGAGGUGCCCAACAUCCAUCACCAAACCAUGGAGGUACCCAGUGUCCAUCUCCAGGCCACAGAGGUGCCCAGCAUCCAUCUCCAGGAUGCAGAGGUGACCACUGUCCAGCUGCAAGCCACUGAGGUGCCCAGCAUCCAUCCCCAAACCACUGAGGCAACAAAUGUCCAUCUCCAGGCUGCAGACAUGCCCAGUGUCCAUCUCCAGACCCCUGAGGUGCCCAGUGUGUGUCACCAAACCACUGAGGUGCCCAGUGUCCAUCUCCAAGUCACGGAGGUGCCCAGUGUCCAUCUUCAGACCACAGAGAUGACCAGUGUCCAUCUCCGAGACACCAAGGUGUCCAGUGUCCGUCACCAUAUGAUGGAGCUGCCCAACAUCCAUCUCAAGAUCACGGAGGUGCCCAACAUCCAACUGAAGACAAUGGAGGUGACAAAUGUCCAUGUCCAGGCCACUGAGGUGCCCAGUGCCUGUCACCAAAUGGUGGAGGUGCCCAGUGUCCAACUCAAGACCAUGGAGGUGCCUGACAUCCAACUCAAGACCAUGGAGGAAGUGGCUGACAUCCAACUCAAGACCGUGGAGGUGCCUGAUGCCCAACUCAAGACCGUGGAGGUGCCCAACGUCCAGCUCAAGACCGUGGAGGUGCCCAGUGUCCAUCUCAAGACCGUGGAGGUGCCCAGUGUCCAUCUCAAGCCCGCGGAGGUGACCAAAGUCCAUCUCCAGGCUGCGGAGGUGUCCAGUGUCCAGCCGGAGGCCCCCGAGGUGCUCGUGGCAGGGGGGGGCCCAUCUCCCUCCCCAUCCCCACGGCUGGCGGUUGUGGGGGCGGCUGGGGGGCUGCCCCCCGUGCUGCUGCUGCGGGGGGCCGGGGGGGAACCUGCCCGCCUCUGCCUGCAGGCGCUGGCCCAGCUGCCCCCCCCCGGCCCUCCCCGGAUCCUCUUGGUCCGGGGUGAGCCGGUGCCAGGGGGCAGUAGUGGGGGACAGCCCCCCCCCCCGGCCAGGGGGACAUCUGGGGGUGGCAGCGGUGGGGGGGGAACAGGGACGGGACCCUCUGCCCCGGAACUGCCCAGUGUCCCACUGGUUCACACCUUCUGAGGGGGGGACGGACCCUCUGGGACCCCCCCCAGGCCUCCUCUUUGUGGUCAGCCUGGGUUUCCAUAGAUGCACAUCUUCUGGGGGGGAGGAGGGGGCCGGACCCUCAUGACCCCUAGGGCCCCCCAAAGUCACCCAGGAUGCCCCAUGGCUCCCCCCCCCCAGCCACCCCUGUUGGGGGGGAGAGGGGGGGGGUGUCUUUGCCCUGGAGCCCCGAGGGUGUGGGGGACGCCGGGGUCCCCGUGGGGGGGGGGGGUCGGGCCCUGGACGCCUGGGUCCGCCGUGGGCGUGGUCAAUAAACGGUGCCGACCCCCCCACACCCCCCA